AUGCCUUCCAAUCUCAGAUACCACAUCUCUUCAUCCACAACACCAGCAUCAUCAACAACCAGAACAGUCACUGCAUCACCACCGCUAAAGAAGCAGAAGAUGUCUCUCACUCAAACCUACUACCUCGCCCACACCGCCCGUGGUAAGCUCUCCAAGGAAGCUGCGCGGGGAGACCACGACCUCCGCCUUUUGGUCGGCCACGCCAACCUCCUUGACGGUCUGAUGCUCGACCUUGCCAACGCCGAGCAAGAGCAAGAGAGCUGGUUUAAUCAGACCGUCAAGAGAGCCUCCAAGGCAUCCGAAGAGCCCAAGCACAUUCAAUGGGCAGACACAAUUCCAGAAGAGCUGGAAGAGGCAGUGGAGGAGGAAUUCUACGCCGAGAGCUCAGAUAGCGACAGCGAUUCGGACGAUGAUGAGGAGAUGCAGAGCGCAGAGCCAAUUGCCCUCCGCAAUGUACCACAAGCGCCAGCUACCAUCACCACCAUUGAAUAUGAAGAUGAGGACAUGGAGGACGAAGACUAUGAGAACGAUCUCGCUCUUACUCGCACAUCAUCGGCACACCCACCAGAGCUCCUCCACGAGGAUUCAGACUCGGAGUCAGAAGACGACUCCAUGCCUCCCUCACCUGAGAUGCCUCUCGAUGCAUUUUCCGAGAAACAAAGACAAGCAAUUGCAACCACAUCAUACUACCAGUCACUACCAGUCAAGUCAGACUCGCCAGCCUCACUGCCGGAGUCGGAUCAAUCCUUCUUCGAUGAGGGGUUCUACCUCCCUCAACGGCAACAGACAGCCAUUGCAGCCUGUUAG